GACUGAACAAUUUUGCCUAGAUCUCUGUGGUGUUUAGUUUUUCUCUGAGUUGGUUUUCCUGCACCAGCCAGUUAACUGUUUGAGCCUUCACCCAAGAACUGGUGUCAACCUAUAAUAACUUCUAAAGAUUAUGCUCCUUUUACAAGUAGCAAUACUCUUGAAGAGUAUAUCUUCCAAAACACAAAGAGAGUGCUCUUUUCUUGGCUUAUUAUGUUAAUUAGAUCAAGUUUUGUCUAUCGUAUAAACAAGCUUUUAAAUAACCUCAUUGCAUCUGUUGAUUCACCAUCUAAUAUAAAAGUUAACAUUCUGGUCUAUCAUGUUUCCCUUCAUCUUGUUCAUUUUUUUUCUUUCUAGUUCUCUAGAGCACAAUAUAGCUGCUUUUUCACCAACUAUAACAUCAUUAUAUGAUUCAUUUCGAAACACAAAGCAUACCUACAACACAUUCUCAGCGCGCCUCAUUCAUCGCAGCUCCCCCGACUCUCCUUUCUUCAAUCCAAAUUACACCCGAAAUGACCAUAUAAAAAAUUCGCUGCGCAAUUCCCAAGCAAGAAGCCACUAUUUCAGCCAAAGAAAAGCAAGCUCAGACAAAAAUUAUGUGGCUGCCCCUGUUUUUGCAUGGGAGUUCAUCAUGGAAUACACCAUGGGAACACCACCAGUAAACCGAUAUGGAGUUUUAGACACGGGAAGUAGCUUCACUUGGUUCCAAUGUCUCCCUUGCUUCGAUUGCUAUAGACAAAUGAACAUCCCCUUCUUCAACCCAAAACAAUCAACCUCAUAUCAGCAAGUUUUGUGCGACACUUUCCAGUGUGAGAUAUCCCCUAGACCAACGUGUUCAAACACCGAUAAAAGUCUUCCAUGUCGCUAUGAUAUUCGGUAUGGAGGAGGAAUAAGAUCUCGGGGAGUAGUGUCGAUGGAUACUUUUGCAAUUUCUGCAGAUAACACAUCCAAGACUUUGAACAAUAUGGUUUUCGGGUGUGCAGAUGACACCCAAGGCCAGGAUGUGGAAGGCUUACCGGGUGUUGUAGGGGUAGGCAAUAGUACAUCAUCUCUUCUGUUCCAACUUGGAGUCUCCCACCUCUCCUACUUUUACUUCGCUAACGGAACAAACAUCAAUGGAGAGGUCCACUUUGGUCCCGGAGCCUCACUCUCAGGCUCCGGGACAAACACACCUUUCUUUCCAAGUGAUGACGGGUUAUUUUACCUCAACCUUGUUGGGAUUAGUGUUGAUGGCUCAGACCUAGACCUGCCCCCUGGUUUCUUCGACAAGUAUGUGUACGAUGAUGGUAUUCAAAGUGGGUUCGUUAUAGACUCAGGAACAACAUUCACAAUGCUCCAACAUGAAGCGUUUGACAAACUCAAAGAUGCAAUUGCAGAUGAAAUGUAUAUGUACACUCAGGUGAAGCAUGCGCGUUUUGAGUUGUGUUUCAAGGAUUAUAAAGGUGGAGCUCCUGAGGUGGUUUUUCAGUUUAAAGGCUUAGACUAUGCUUUGUGCGACGCUAAUCUAUGGAUUAAGCAGGUUACUCAAACUAAGGUACAAUUACAUUGCUUGGCAUUUAGCAGGAACAAAAAAAGGGGUAGUAAGAUGUCUAUACUAGGUUUUCACCAGCAAAGAAAUGUACAGGUUGGAUACGAUUUGGAGAACAAUUUGCUCACACUCAACUAUCCAGAUUCUUGUCCUGAAGAUGUAAUUGAUUUUAUGCAAUAACACAAACAUCAAAUAGUCAACUUUUUGUUUAGGAGGAAUUCCGUAGUUCUUUAAAGCACCAAUAUCUUUAAGCAUUUACUGCAAAAAAAAUGCACUCUUUUCAUAAAUCUAAAGAGUAUGCUCUUUCUUAAUCUGCUGAGUUGAUCAUGUCAAGUUUUCUUUUUCUCUUUUUUUAAGGUA